CUGGCCAAUCUCCUGGAAGGGUCUGCUUUGCUAUUUGAAGUGGUAGAAAUAGUCUUGCUCUAUCUGCGUUUCCAUGCCAGCUGUUUUCCAUACUCAGGUGCAGGGAUCUUAAGGCACUUACUGGAAAAACUGCCCGUGUGUGCAACGAACAAUUUGUCCUCAUCUUCACAACUUGUAGGACAGAGAAGAAGAGCUUGCAAUGCAGCCUGUUGGAGGCUCUGCAGCAGGUGUCGGAGAUGGAGAUCACCAGGAGCCGUCUGGAAGGCCAAGUAGGCACAGCCAUGCAGGCCAAGGAGCUGAUAAUUGAGGAUGUCAGGGGCCUUCGUUGUGAGCUGCAAGCUGUAAGAUCUUUCAGCAAGCAGCAAUGUGAAGAAAUGGCCCAACAGCUCCGCUUGGCAGAAGAGCAGUUCAGCAAGGCUCUGAGACUCUGGCAAUCUGAGCAAUCUGCUCAGGAGGAGGAGAAAAGGAAGCUCCUGCAAAAACAGGAAAGACGGCUGAAACAACAGCGUUUGAAGGUGCUGGAGCAGCGGGAACACUUCCUGGCAGAGGUACAGAGGGAGCAGGAGAAAAGGGUGCUUGAGAUGAAGCAGGAGACUGCCGUAAUGCAACCUGAAGAAGAAAAGAUGGGAACCAGGGCCGGUCAAGAUGCAAAGAGAAUGCCGAGGGUGUUUGGACGCUUCUGGGGCUCCUUAUGGGCACUGCUUCUCCAGACACUGUGUGUGUGGGUGGGAUUGUGUCUUAGCUGGCCCUUGGUAAACAGGAGAAGGAGAGCAAAUUGCUUUUGGAAAGCGUGAGCACAUGAGUCUUGGUUGCCACACAGGUGGUGGGUGGG